AUGUCUCUCCCACUCUCGCCGUUCGCGGCCUCAUCCUCUGUAGCAGGAAGCGGUGAAAUCCUUCUGGCCCUCCUGCCACCAGAGCGGCAAGUUCUCUCGAAAUGUACAUAUCAAUACCCUCUCAAACUUAUUGCUCCUGACCCCCACCAUUCGAGCGAGGAAAAGCCUGUGACGGUCGUCUUCCUGCUCACCUAUGGAGGCGGGCUGGUGGGAGGUGACCAGAUCAGCGUCAAAGUCGACCUGCAAGAUGCCACGAGGCUUGUCCUCGUCACGCAAGGAAGUACUAAGAUCUUCAAGUCUCCUCAGAGGUCAGUCGUCAGCAGGCAAAAUCUAGAUAUUAGGAUCGGAUCUCACGCUUCCUUGUGCUAUCUGCCAGAUCCUACUCAGCCGUUCGCAGAGAGUGUCUACGAGCAGAGGCAGACCUUCUAUGUGCAGCCAGACGCCACCAGCAGUUUGUUAAUGCUUGACUGGGUGAGUGAAGGCCGCCGUGCACGGGGCGAGAGCUGGACUCUGUGGAAUUGGAAAGGCAGGAAUGAGGUCCGGGAAUUCGACGAGCGAUCAAAAGGAAGACUGCUGCUUCGUGACGCCGUGAUGCUCCACGAGGACGGACUUGGAAGCACAGGUUUAUUGGACAAAUCCAACAACAUGGGCAUCUUUGGGACCUUGAUUAUCUACGGUCCUGUCUUCAACAAGCUCGGGGAAUUUUUCAUGCACGAGUUCACGAGCCAACCUCGCCUUGGAGCUAAAAAUUGGACGACGAACGAAGGUAUGUUUCAGGCCGAUGGAAUCGACCAGACAGAGCAGGUUAAACAACGCGAAAUACAAGAUGGUAUUCUGUGGACCGCAGCGAAGACAAGAGGCUUCAUCUUGGUAAAAUUUGGAGCGAAGGAGGUUGAUGGCGCAAAAAGAUGGCUUGGAAGACUUCUGAAUCAAGAAGGCACAGUUGAACGAGUGUUUGGACAUCAAGCACUCAUUUGCCUCAAGUGA